CUUACAAAAUACAAAUUCAAAAAUUUGUCAAGACAGCCUUCAAAGCCCCCACUGUCCGCCAGGCAGGGGAGCAGCACCGUCCUGCUGGGGGGCCUCACCUGGCGCUGCACCUGCAGGCUUGGCACAGGGGAGGACAGCAGUGGGCUUUUCGUGGACUUCCUACAAACACUGGUGGUGGGGUCCCCAGAGCUCUAUGAGGGGCCCCUGGGCAGGUACGAUGUCCAUGCAGAUGCCAAGGCAGGCUGGCUGAGCCCGAGUUCUGCAGAGAUGCCCUACAAGCUGCUCGUCAGGAUGGCAUCUAGCGGAUCCCACAUAUGGUUCCACGGGGCCAUAGGACCAGCUACAAAAGCAGCCAUGACCACACCACCCCACUACCACUGCCCCAUGUGCGACUUUAUUCUCAAACCAUUCAAUCAAUAAAGUUUCCUGCAGCCAAAGUGCAUCAAACCCCAGCAUUGGGCUGCUUCUCGGCACAGGGCCCUGUCCCACUGCACCGGCUGGCCCUGGUCCCAGCGUCUGGAGAGCGCAGGCCAAGAACCUGAGGAGGGGAUCUGGGCAGAGUCCCCAGGAUCCACUCCAGGAGGAGCAGAGCAUGUCAGGCGAUGGGAAUCACCGUGCAAACUGCUGCUUUGGGGGAAAUUAAGGGAAGCCAGGAAAUGAAAAGCACAGAGCAAGAGGAAACAUGGUUCAAAUGAAGCUGGAGAGGUGGCAGGGGCCUCACCAAGCCUGGCAUUACCGGCCACGUAAAGGACUGAUUUUUUGCUUAAGAGCCCGGGAAGCCUUUGGAAGGCUUUAAUCAAGGGGACAACAUGCUCAGAAUUCUGUUUUGAAAAAUUGCUCCAACAGAAGUGAGCACAGAUCAGAGGGGAUGCAGGUGGAUUGUGGUCAUUUGUCAUCCAGGUGACAGAUGAUGGCAGCUCAGCCCACAGCGGGCAGUGGAGCCAGAGCGUGAUGGGUGAAUUGGGAGGAGACUUCAGAAUGAACAGGCCUCCGUGGUGUCUGGGAUAUGGGGUCAGGGAGAGAGGGGUGUCCAGGGUAUGUGUUAAGUGAGGUUUUGUUGCAGCUACAGCCUUGGACCCAGAGUACAACAGGGAACCCGGUAAACACACGCCUGCCUUCAUGAAGCCCCAGGAUGGGGAAGAGACCCACAUGUAAAGGGCAGUGACAAGGCGGUGUGGUCAGGGCUGUGCAGCUUGGGUGUAAGGAGGGCACCCAGCCUGGCAGGGGGACAUGGGGCCGGGAAGGACUUCCAGGUGGAAAUGACAACCAAGUCAACACUUACAGCGAACAGAAGGUAGGCGGGUGAGAGGAAGGCGAGUGGGCCAGGCAAAGGGAUCAGCAGAUGUUCGUGAUCCUCAACUGAGGGCGAUUUGGGCCCCAGGGGACAUGUGGCAACGUCGGGAGACAUUUUGGUUGUCAUGACUGGUAACUAGUGGGUAGAGGCCAGGGCUGCGGCCAGUGUUGUGCGAUGCCCAGCACAGCAUCCCUCCUCAAAGAAGGAUCUGGCCCAGUGUCCAUGAUGCCGCGGUUGAAAACCCUGGCCAAGGUAAAAUCAUAAAACAGAGUGUGAGUCCGGUCACAGAACAGAUUGGCUCUGCAGCUGUCUAGGGCAUGUAGUCACAGCGUGUGAGGGGUGACAAAGGGUACAACGAGAGAUGCCAGCCUAGGAGGCUGGAGGAGGCAGAUAAGGAUAUUUGAACCCGAUGCCACAGGUAUUGGGGAGCCACUGAAGGUUUUCAGAGUUGGAAGUGACUAAAUCAGCCGUGGAAGGAUGAUCUGGAAGAUUGUCAACAGUAGGGAGGUGAAGCAGGGGGUUGGGAACUGGGCGGGCGCACGUUGUCUGUGAGCCGCGGAGGUGAGGAGGGAGCCAGAGGCCUGCAGGGUGCACCAGGAGGGGCUGUCAUGCAACACAGUGCGACCCAGGGACCACAGGCUGCUGCGUCAUCUAACGUGAUGUGGACGCGUGUUGGGAGCUCAGAGCAUCCCUUCAGAUUAAGUGAUGAAAAACGCUCCAUAGGAUCACGAGAUGGAAGGAGGGUGAGUGUGCCAAUGAGUCUGCCACUUACUAUGGCUGCUGUGUACAGAGGCACAGGCUGACCCCUCACGGGGCCACCUGACCAGGAGACAGUGGGGACUGAUGGCUAGCACAUGGCAUGCAGAGUGCCUUCUUCCAAAUGCCACUGUUGGGCCACAGCCCUGUACUUGACCCCAGGGAAGCCAUGCCUCUUCUCUAAGCCUGGUUAAUGCCACCUGCUUUUUGGGCUUGAUGAGAAGAUUAAGUAACAAGGUAGAUAAAUGCCUAGCAGAGGGUCAGCUGCUUGGUAGGCAAUCAAGAAACGACUGUUCUGAAAAGAAAAAAGAAAAGAAAAAAGAAAAGAAAAGAAAAGAAAAGAAAAGAAGGAAAGAAAAGAGAAGAGAAGAGAAAAGAAAAGAAAAGAAAAGAAAAGAAAAGAAAAGAAAAGAAAAGAAAAGAAAAGAAAAGAAAAGAAAAACGACUGUUCUGAUUAUCCUACAAGAAGCCCCGCGCCAGCCUCUGUCACAAUCCCCACUGUUGCAUCGUUUCUGCCUCACCUGACAUGACAGGCACUGCAGCUGCUCAGGUGAGCUUUGCAGCUGUGCCUUGUUCCCUGAGAGGCACAGGGAGCCGGCAGGAGGCCCAGGCUGCCCUGGGUGGGCAGUGGACGAGGGCGCAGCUCACCUCUAGGCUGAGCCAAGCAGCACACACAGUUGUCUCCCUUCCUCAUAGCCACGUGGAACUUCACUUGUGGUUUUAUUUUGAGCAUCUUGGAGGCACCAUGGAAAAUAUGCCUCAGCCCGCUGCUGGAUGGAUCCACAGGACAGGAAACCACCGAAGAACACACUCGGGUGAAAGAAUCGCAAUUACUGCAUUGAUCGCUGAUGACCUGCCAGGCCCGUCUUUCACUCUGAUGGGGUCUUAGAGGCGUCUGGGUUUUUCUCCUUGUGCAGCUGCCCUGCCUGAGACAACCAAAGCCCAGGCUGGAUGACCAUCCUUGCUACCCUACUGAGGGCCUGCUAUGUAUCAGGCUUUUGGAGGGCGAUCAGCGUGUCUUAAUCACUUUCAUCUUCAUCACAGUCCUAGGAGGUCAGAGCUCUGAGGCUCAGAGAGGUUGAGUAACUAGCCCGGGGUGACCAGCUAAUAAUUGGUAAAGCUGGAAUCGGAGCCACAGCAGACUGACACCAGGUUUGACAGCUCAGAAAGCAUUAUUGCAGGGACCCUUCUCUUGGGUCCCCUGUUGGGGUUCUCUGAAAGGCGUCCUCCCAGGGGUGUCAGAAAGAAUAGGAAGACACCUCUGGUGAGGCUCCUAUUCCCCAGCCAGGAAGUGGCUGGCAGAGAGAGGGGUGGGAGCAAAGCGGUGGGGUGAGCACACCAGC